UAAUAAUAAUGAAGAAGUUGAUUGUGUUGAUGGUAUUGUUGUUGAUAGAACCGUCAAACUAUCAUCAACAUCAUCAUCAUCAUCAUGUUGUAAUGAAAAUAAUGUUGAAGAUUUUAGCCAAUAUUUACUACAUGAUAAUGAUCCACCAUUGACAUUUCAACAAAAACAACAACAACAACAACAACGACGAAGACAGAUUAGAUUGCAAGGACAACAUUUAAAUUCAAAUACAAUGAUGUUAUCAUCAAAUGAUUAUUGUUGUAUAGAAUCAUUACCGUUUAAUGAUUGUAUGACAGAAUCUAAUAAUAAUAAUAAUAAUAUGGAUACAAUGAUGGUAUCAAUCAAUGAUGAAAAUGAUAAUAAUAAUUAUAAUUAUAAAGAAAAUAUUAAUAAUAAUAAUAAUUAUCUACGAAAUUAUCUAACUGAUGUUAUUGAUGGUGAUGAUGAAAUGAUUGAAAAGAAUUUUCUUUAUGAUUAUGAUCCGGCAACAGAAUUAAUGCCACCACCACCACCGCCGCCACCCGCAAUACCUUCUUCUUCAUCAAAAAAAUCAUCAAUGAAUAAACAACUAAAACAAUCACAGCCAUCAUCAUCAUCAUCAUCAUUACCAUUAUUACGACAAAUAUCAUUAUCUGAUGAUGAAUUAUAUAUACCAGAAUUAUAUCUAAUACAAGAAUUAACAUCAGCUUGUUUAUUAUUAAAAAAUCCAUAUAAACGUAUACAAUAUAGUUCAUUAUUGACAAAAAAUCCAAAAUAUCCAUGUCAUAUGCCACAUGAUUGUGGUAUUGCUGAAUUUUUUAUCCAUCGUUUAAUACGUAUGUCAAAACGUCUUGGUUCAUUUGCUAAUCUAAUACUUGGCGAUCAGAUUGAUCUAUUACAGCAUAAUAUAAUUGAUAUGCUUGUUAUACGUUCGGUAUUAUUAUAUGAUCCAGAUCGUGAAGCAUAUUGUUUUCUUGAUGACAAAUGUAAAGUAUCGAUUAUGGUCGAUUAUGAAAUAAUACGACCAUGUUGUAUUAAAUAUGAUUUUGAACAGCAUAAAAAUUUCCCGGCCAAAUUUAAACAUGAAUGGAAAAAUGAUAAUAUUAUAUUUGAUUUGUUGACGGCAAUCAUAUUGUUUACACCAAGAUUAAAUCAACAGCAAAAUGAAAAAAUCAAGGAAGAAUAUUCUCGUUACAUAUGUCUAUUACGACGUUAUUUACAGAUUAAAUAUGGUCAUGGUAAUGAUGAUGCAAAAAAUUCAUUCCAAAUAUUAAUGUCAUUGAUUGAUGAAAUGCGUUUAUUGGCCGAAGAUAUUAAUCAAUUGUUUGUACGUAUUUAUCGCGUGAUGCAUUCAUUUCCAUUAUUUAUGGAUCUAAAACUUGGUACUACAAAUGAUAAUGAUACAUUAUUCAAUGAUAAUAUUAUCAGUUUUCAUCAUCAUAAUAAUAAUAAGUCACAUUGUAAUCAUAAUAAUCAAAAUAAUAAUGAUGAUGAAAUAAUGGCAAUUGCAAACGUUAUCAAUAAUGAACAUAAUAUACAAUUGAAAAUGGGAAAUAAUUUGACUAUUGAAGGAUCAAAUAUUUGUUAUAUGCCUACAUCAGCAAAUCUACAAUCAUUGCCCACAACAACAACAACAACAUCAUCAUUUUUAGCGGCCAAUAAUAACAACGACAACAACAAUAUAAAUUGUAGUGGUUUGACCGGACAAAUAUCAUCAUCAUCAUCAUCCUCUUAUUCAAUAACGAAUGGUACAAAAAUGGGCCAAAAUACCGAUGUUGAUGAUGGUAAUCAAAUUUCAAUGAUGUUCAUGCCAUCGAAUGUUCAUGGUAACGCCGGCAACCAUCAUCAUCAUCAUCAUUCCAAUCAUCCAAAUAAUAAUAAUACAGCCAAUACAUAUCAUGAAUGUUUUCUAAAUUCAGUCAAUUGAACAUCAAAAAUAAUGCUCUCAUCUCCUCUUCCUAUCUUUAAUUUUAUUUUUUUUUUUCAUUUGCUCAAUAUUAUAUA